AUGACAGACCAUGAAAGACUGUCUGGGAGGAUAUUAGUAGUCAUUGAUUUUGUUUCAGAUGUAGAUGAAGAUGAGUGGACAACGUUCCAUCAUUUUGUUAUGAACAUGGACAGAAGAAGUAAAGUAAUAAUCUUGGGUCGAAGCGCAGGCUUGGAGAAGUUUGGAACCAUCAAGCAUGUUUCUCUGGACUCCCUGGUACUUGAUGAGUACAUGUACCUGUUCAAGACACUCGCAUUUGGAAGUACGGACCCGGCAGACUACCCGCGGUUAGCAGCGAUGGUGGAAGAGUUCGCCAUGGUGUUGGGAGGGUCACUCAUCUGGCUCUGUACAGUUGCUUUUCAGCCCAGGUCACCCAGUGCACCUAAUCGGCCGCAACAUUUUGUCUCCUGCUGCUCCAUCGCGCGCUGUAGACUGUUCAAGACACUCGCAUUUGGAAGUACGAACCCGGCAGACUACCCGCGGCUAGCAGCGAUGGUGGAAGAGUUCGCCAUGGUGCUGGGAGGGUCAUUCAUCAUAGCGAAUGUGCUCGCAGAUGCACUGCGGAAAAACUUGAGUGCUCAUUUCUGGCUGUACAGGCUGAAGGGUGCCAGAGACUCGGUCAAUAAGAACAUCUCUUGUUUUAGUGCCCACCCGCAGGUGCUUUUUAGUCAAGGCCAACCGGUACACCUAAUCGGCCGCUACAUUUUAACUCCUGCUGCUCCAUCAGGCAUUGUAAACUCUGCCAUUGGUAUGGGUAAUGUUCCAAAGGAGCAGGGUCUACCUAGGACUAUGUUUGGGGACCUAAUAGCAGCAGCAGGUCACGCUGUCUUACCCGAAGGAGAUUUUAGGCUAAUUUCAUGGGAAUCAAGGCUGCCGCCUUACACUUCAUUUUCUCACUUGGUGCACGCUGUGCUGAGUUGCGUCCAUGACAAGCCUGAAACAUCCUUGUCAGGGAAGAAGCGUCCAGGUUUAUUUGCCUAA